AAAGACAACGACCUCCACCGCCAGCUGGACAUGCAAAGGUGGAUUAUCGUUGUUGCUCUUCUUGUUCGAAUCUUUAUCUCCCUUGUCACGACAACAUUUUUUCAACCAGACGAGUAUUUCCAGUCAUUGGAAGUUGCCCACCACCUUGUCUUUGGUUAUGGACAUCUCACUUGGGAAUGGCUAACGCAGAAGCCGAUUAGAAGCAUACUCUAUCCUGCUCUCAAUGUACCUAUAUACUGGUUAUUAAAGCAAACUAAUUCUGAUAACAGCAUACUAUUGAUAUAUGGACCUCGAGUCCUGCAUGGCGCAUUGGCCGCAUGUACAGAUAUAUCGCUAUAUAAGCUUACUUUACGUGUUGCAGGUCCAAAGUACGCCACAGUUGCACUUUUCAUUUCCCUGACGUCUUUCUUUCACGGAUUUGCAUUGUCUCGCUCCUUGUCGAAUUCGUUAGAGACUUCUCUUACCACCAUUGCGCUGAGCUACUUUCCUUGGGGUAUUCCGUCGUCUUCAUGGAGGAAUGACCUCAGAAAAUCCUUGGUUUUCGCUGCCCUUACAUGCGCCGUACGUCCUACCAACGCCGUCAUUUGGGUGUACAUGAUGGGUUUGCUACUUUGGCGGCUCCGAUUCGAUAGAAAGCGUCUUGCGUCGAUCAUCAUGGAUGUUCUAUUCAUAGGGUCAUGCGCAGUAUUCUUGCUCUUUGUUCUAGACUCACUAUACUACGGAAAGCCAACAUUCACACCUCUCAAUUUCUUAGCUGCCAACCUUUCCUCGAUAUCUUUAUUUUACGGUUCCAGCCCUUGGCAUUACUACCUCUUUCAAGGUCUUCCCAUCAUAUGCACCUUCUCUCUUCCUUUUGUACUUCAUGGAGCCUGGCUCGCCCGGAAACACUUAGCGAACCCGGAACUCAGGGACAUGCUCGGACUCAUUGCCUGGACAAUCGGGAUUUAUUCUUUGGCCGGACAUAAAGAGUGGCGAUUCAUUCAUCCUCUCUUACCCCUUCUACACAUCCUGGCUGCAACCUCCCUCGUACAUUCAUACGAAACCGACCAGAUCAAGCGAGGCUGCCCCAAAAAGAAGCGCAACGUCAUGUUACCAAUACGCAGGAGCCAUUUGUUGCUAAUCUUGCUCAAUGUACCACUCAUAUUCUACGUCAUACGCGUUCACUCCCGUGCUCAAAUCGAAGUCAUGUAUUACCUGCGGUCUCUCCCGGAGAAGGAAGUACAAUCCAUCGGGUUUCUGAUGCCUUGUCAUUCUACGCCAUGGCAAGCGUAUGUUCACAACCCUUCGUUAGCAGAAAACGGGAAGAUGUGGGCUUUGGGGUGUGAGCCCCCUCUACGUGGUGAGAAUCUACAAGCUUAUAAAGACCAAACAGACAUCUUCUACGAGUCCCCAGCCACUUAUCUCCGCACUCGCUUUCCAUCCAAUGUCGACCCGUCGUUCCCACCUUCGCCUUACCCGUGCUCAAUGCCAGGCGUUCAUGACACUACGUUGUAUCCUUGGAACCAUACAUGGCCGCAAUACCUUGUGAUGUUUGGCGCGCUUCUUGAUGAACCGGAUGUUGUGCCGAUCCUGGUAGAGAAAGGCUAUCAGGAGGUUUGGCGUGCUGAGUACGGUGUAGGUGGCGAUGACACUCGACAAGGGGGUGUAGUUGUUUGGAAGUUUAGUCCUUCCCUGUCGACAUAGAGAUUGGGAGGGUCGAGAGAGUCGAAGUGAUGAUUUGGUAAAUGUCCGCCUGUUUCAUGUCGUGCAGACGAAAUAUGGAUAUAGCACAUGCUCUGUGAGCCAGUACAUUAUUCAACGUAUAUUCUUUCACCUGAUCUUAUUUUAUUUGCUCAGCGUUUGCCGUUCGAUACAAACCUUGGUCCACGUCGAGCUGUCGCCGUCGUCUGUAUGUACCUGGAAGGAGACCGCUUCCAGAAGCAUCGGCUUGUUUCCCGUUGGGAACUAGCUUCACCGCUAGGAAUCCUGGUGAUACUUACCCAUAGGUGUAUGAAUGAUGAUUAUGGUGCUUUUGCGAGGUGGGGAGGCUGGGGAGUCUUGGUAGUGCAAUUAUACCUUGUUUUUGUUUUCAACUUCUUGGACGUCCCGCGGCUUCUGAGCCUUCUUUCUAGCAUCGUGAAUUCGUUAGAAGAAUAGUAGAGUGCAUGGACAAGUCCCUCAGUCACUGUUUGUAUGUUGCUUCGACCAUCGAACUUGUACCGCGAAUGUUAUGAUCGAUCGACGGCAUCGUGGU